AUGCUGGAACAGGCUGUCUCAAAGUAUGGGGAACCCUCAACCAAGCCAUUGCAGCUUGUCGAGUUGGUCACUUCUCGAUCGGAUGCCCACAUCAAGGAAGCUGAAACGUAUUCAGACGGCAAUAGUUUGUUGGAAGAUUUCAAGAGACCUCCAUCAGAUCAAGAAAGCAUCACAUCAUCUAUCCAGUUAGCGAAUACAAUUGUGAACAAAGCCCAAACUAUAAAUCAAGCUACACACCAAACCAUCCAGCAAAACGUAUCAGAAAACUCAGUUUAUCCAAGAAAGCGUUUGCGCAGCGAGCUUGAAAAUGUACCCGUAUCCAGUAAUGAUUGCGAAGAUGAUGGUGUUGAUGACCUCUUUCCUUCUGCUACUGAUCAAGACGACAAGGACGACGACUCCAUUGCUGAGGCAAACGUUGAUUUCGAUAGUUUACCCACGAUGGUGAAUCCAAAAUUGAACCAAGCAGUUCGCAGCAAGCUUCAAACUAAUGCCAAGUAUGCUGUCAAUGAUACUGUAUACCAAAGUCUGUUCGCGCAAUAUAAGAAGAAAUGCCUCAGCGAUCUCUCACAAUUGGACGCCAUGUAUCUCGAGCCAAAUUUCUACAAGCUUAUAGCUCUUGAAAACAUUCUGUUCUUGAAGCCUGGCUUCUACUCCACUGACAUGUUGCGCCUUUUUGGAGAAGCAAACCUGAACAAGCUCUACAAACAUUUGUUGCAACCUCAUUACUCUUUCGACACAACUAAACACACAGACCUACUUAAUCUCAUCGAUGAUAUAUUUGAAAAGGCGUGUUUCGAUUACCAUGAAGUAGAGGCAAAUCUUGAACAAUUGUCACAAAGCAUAAAAGAUUGGUUAAAAUACUUCCUCAAAGACAUCAAUGACACAUUCCGCCUUCGCUACCCAGAGUCGAAUCCCAACAAGAGGAAGCUCGUAAAGAAGGAAGUAUUGCGCCCAGAUUGUCUCGUAACCAAUAUCUCUCAGUCUCAGUAUCGUGAAAAUAUCACCUAUGGUGAGGUGAAAUCGCCUUACUACACAAAUCGUACUCGGGCUCUCAUUCUGGAUAUGUAA